CUACACAGUGCAGCCAGUCCUGUGAUGCUAUCAAAUAGACUUAUGCUGGUGGCAUUAACCAUGCAGAAGUGACAGACUCCAUGCAGAUCUCCCACUGGCAACUUUGUGACUGCAGAAAAAACUCGAGAUGCAGCACCACAUGAAGUAGAUGACCUCCGCACUCUAUUAUUAUUAUUAUUAUAAGCUAGCUGUUCUGGAGCCUAGGAGCCGUGCACAGGAAUGACCGGUCACCCAAGCAUCACUCGACUAAUACUGGGCCGUAGAGCUAGAUGUGUCGCAGCUCAAUAAAUGCUUCACCGGUUGUAGAAGGAACCCACUGACGGAGCAGCCAUAAGCAGUUCUCACUCCGUACUAAGAAGAUUUUCUGAACAUGCCGCGGCUCUGCUUGAACAGUCCUCAAAAUACUUUGGUGCUGCUGGUCCCCCUGCUGGCCAUGCUGGGUCACUGCGAUGGUGAUCAUUUGUUAAGUCAGGUGUUGUUUUGUCAGCCCACCGAGCCAUCAUCGGGGCUUCUGAAGAUGUUUGAUGAAGAUCAGAUGUUCAGUUACAACUUUAGUGAUAACACUGUCACUCCUUGGAUCAGAGACUUUCACAAGUGGCGUGACCAGGCUUUCUCUAACCCCUCAACCAUAACCUCCCAUGUAAAGCUAUGCAACCGGUUUAGGGAAGAGUUGACCAAAGCACUGGAAAAUAUUACUCCUGAAGCCAGAGGUGGUGCACAAGUGACCGUUUUCACUGGACAUCCUCUGAGACUGGGUGUGGAAAACACAUUGAUCUGUGCCAUUAGUGAUGUCUAUCCCCCAGCUCUGACCAUCACCUGGAGGAAAGAUGCCAAACAUUUGACAACAUCUUUAAUCUCCUCUCAAUAUUUUGCUAAGGUUGAUCUGUCCUUCCAGGCUUUCUCCUACCUCAAUGUCACUCCCUACCACAAUGAUGUAUUUUCUUGUGAAGUACAAGUGGCGGGAGAUAACAGAACUAUCGUACAGUACUGGGGUGGUGCACAUGUGACGGUUUUUACAGCAAAUCCUCUGAAACUGGGUGUAAAAAACACAUUGAUCUGUUCCAUUCACGAUGUCUAUCCCCCGGCUGUGACCAUCACUUGGAAGAAGAACAUGGAUGUUCUGACAAGAUCAUUAAUCUCCUCAAAAUAUUUUGCUAUGAGUGAUCUGUCCUUCCAGGUGUUCUCCUAUCUCAAUGUCACUCCCAAGAACGAUGAAGUCUACUCUUGUGAAGUACAAUUGUCAGGAGAUAACCGAACUAUUACAGAGUACUGGUUUCCUCAGUAUCCAGUCCCUUCUGAUCUGCUGAUGGAUUUCCUGUGUAUUAUGGGUGUGUUUUCCGGCAUCCUCUUUUUGGGGGCCUUCUUCUUCUGGAUGGCUAAGAACUAGCACAAUACAGACUGAAUUUCUCACCUCCUUAGUCUCUCCUUGACUGUUGAAGACUGAACAAAUUGCAUUGCCUUGACUUUUAUCUGGAGUCUGGACCAAAAGCCAUCAUGUGACUUCAUUCCUAGACCUCCCAUGAUUACUGCUAUUUACCAUAACGACAUUAGGAGCCCUUGUGAAAGUAUCUGAGAAAUGAUCUAUGGAUACUGUUUUACAUAGAUAUGCUGUUUAUCAUGUCCAGAUAACUUUGAUGGAGCCAUUAAUUUCAAGGACAGGAAUUAGUCUAAUUUUGACUACAUAAAAGAAUUGCUAACACACACCAUAAGGUGAAACACAAUUUAUAGAGGUGAAAAAAUAGGAAUGGCAUUCUCUUUUUUGGCACAACUCAGCUUUGGGUGGGUUUUCAGAUGACUGCUGCUGUCCCCAAUGUGGAACCAGAAAAAACCCAUUGAUAAAACGUAUACAGUAUUCUUCGAGAAGAUGCUACUAUGGUGCACUACAUUCCUUCAGAGUUUAAAGGAUUCCUCAGAAUCUUUGCAAAAACUCUUUUAUUGGUGAUGCGUUUUGGAGUUGUGUAGACUCCGACCUGAUGAAGGAGUCUGUACGAGUCUUAAAGACUAUUGGACUGGCAUGGAAUCCCUUAGACUUUGAAUGAAGUUAUUACUAUAGCGUUUAUCUGGUGACUAUUGCCUACAGUUUGGAUUAUUAUACAAACCUCAGCUGCUAAUAGGGGUUGGUGUGCACACAACAUCAUGUUCCUGCUUCCAGCCACAUAGCAAUGAGUAUGGGGAAGAAGCAGGAAGGAAGAUCGCUGUCACCGCAGCCAAGUCCAGGCUCUCAGGAUGAAGCUUCUUAUCUUACAUCAGUGGUUGUGGCUGUGGACAUUGAGUAUCCUCUACAACCAGACAUAGUUACAUAGUUAAAACUGUUGAAAAAAGACAUAAGUCCAUCAAGUUCAACCAAGGGAUAGGUGAGGACGCGAAUCCCAGAAGGAAGUGAGACUCAGAUUUCUACACA